AUGCCCCCCGGUGAUCUUCCGGCCAGCCUGGUCGCAGGCAAGCCCACUCCGACAUUGAAUACCUCGGGUUAUGGGGCCAGUUACUCGAAAAAUACUCCUACCUCGCCCGAAGAUAGUCUAAUCCCAUUUGACUCUCCUACAACUCGUACCGGCGGAAAUCACAGCCCGCUCAGCCAGGAUGAUCGCUCAAGUCGAGGACUAGAGCCUGAACAACCUACUUAUCGAGAUCGCUCAAAUGCUCGAGAUCGAUCACGUCCGAAUGGACGAUCACAUAACAAGUCCCCAGGAUCAUCACGUCUCUGUCAGAAAUGCAAUGAACCAUUGACGGGUCAAUUUGUACGAGCACUUGGUGGUACAUUCCAUCUUGAGUGUUUCAAGUGUCAGGACUGUAGCGAAAUCGUCGCUUCUAAAUUCUUCCCUGUCGAUUCAGAGGACCGCAGCUGCCAAUUUCCCCUUUGCGAGACUGAUUACUUCCGACGACUGAACUUGCUAUGCCAUGACUGCGGUGGCGCCCUGCGCGGCUCCUAUAUUACAGCAUUGGACCGCAAAUACCAUAUCGAACAUUUCACCUGCUCUGUAUGUCCUACAGUUUUUGGCGCCCAGGACUCAUACUACGAACACGAAAGCAAGGUCUACUGUCAUUUCCACUAUUCGACCCAGUUCGCGCAGCGAUGUCAUGGAUGUCAUACUGCAAUUCUCAAACAAUUCGUCGAGAUUUUCCGCAACGGUCAAAACCAACACUGGCAUCCUGAAUGUUAUAUGAUUCACAAGUUCUGGAACGUAAGGUUAUCUCCAGCUGGUGAACCGUGGGAGACGCCCCCAUUCGAUGAAGAUGUCAGCACCGAGGAGCGUGAGCGCAUUCGACAGGAAGAGGAUACGAUGGAGGAGAAAGUAUACAACAUCUGGAGUACUCUGUCCACAUUCGAGGAAUCUUCAGCUGCCUGCAUAUCCGACAUGCUCUUACAUGUCAGCAAUGGUGUCUAUAUCGAUGGUGUUCUUGUGGCCAAGCGAUUUAUCGCACACGUUGAGAUUCUGUUCACUGCUGUUGAUGAACUAGCAGCUUUCAUCAGAUCCCAAGGCGUCAAAGAGUUAUCGUAUGGUCGAGAAGCUAAGUUGCUCUGCAAAAAGAUUGUCGCUUUCUUUGCGCUUUUGUCUAAAACCCAAGAGACCGGGGUUCGCAAACUCGGCGUCACACAAGAACUACUUUCACUGGUGACUGGUCUAGCCCAUUAUCUCAAGCUUCUCAUUCGCAUUGGCCUUCAAGGUGCUUUGAAACUCGAACGAGAGACAUCAGCACCCGCUGGCUUACACGAAUUCCUGGGUCACCUUGCGAACGCAGAACAUCUCACACCUCCAGAGGAAGAAGAGGGGCCUAUUGAUCUCAAUGCUGGGGUGGAAGGUCUGGCAGAUCAGCUAUCCGAUUGCUGUAUCAAAUGCCAGGAGCCCAUCGACGAUGAAUGUCUUCUUUUAGAAGACAAGAGAUGGCAUCUUAAACCGCCUCAUCUGUCUUGCUCAUCUUGCGAAAAGGAUUUGAGCAUUGAACUCACCGAUGCGCUUUGGAGUGAAAGUGAAAGGAGCAUUUUCUGUUCGGCUUGUUCCAAUCAACAUAAUGUCGCAUCCGUGGGCGGCUUUGUUCGAGUCACCAAGUUACAGCAGUUUGUGUUCCUGCUGAGAGUCGCCCUUGCCAGGUUGCUUGCAGUGCUUCGCGCAGGAGGAACACUACCGCACACAUCGGAUGACCCUAACCUGGUUGAUUAUCAGAAUAAUGAAGGCCAUCGUGCCCACAGUUCUGAGCCCCGCCGAACUAAUACACGCUCCAUGUCGUAUAGCGCGGGCGGCAGUCGCCACGGCGUUGAGGAGUCGUCCCUGGAACAGACUGUCGGGGAGAUGCGCAGGCUACGUUCGAUUCGCAAUGAGCGAACGCUAUCCACGACUUAUAAGAAGGCUCGUGCCUCCCGCAUAAUUGAUGGCCCCGAGGGCAGAAGUGCACGACCUGGAUCCUCCGGCAAUGACGGCAGUGAUCCCCGUGGUCCUGGGUUCCAGAUUGUGGAGGAAAGAGAUGCCAACGGCGACACUGUCAAGGAUUUGACGUUUGGAAAUCAAGAUGCGCUUACACUGGAUGAUAUUCCCCGCAUCGUUGCUGCUGAGCAGGCCAAGGAGCAACGGCCAAACGCUUACAGACAUGCUGGUUCAAAGCUUGUCAUGCCUCGGGACCCUAUGCCUGUUUACAAGACCGGUCACCAACGUGAUUUCUCGUCUGGAAAAUUGGAUAUGAUCUUGGAGCCUGCCACGCGUACGAAGCGAUAUUUUUCAGAGCUUACUGCUUUAGAAUACUUCAUUGUCCGACAUGUUGCUGUUCUUUCGAUGGAACCUCUUUUAGAAGGACAAUUCAACAUGGAAGAAUUACUUUCUCUUAUUGAAUCCCGCAAGCCAACCGUUUGGAACAUUUUCGGUCGCGCUUUCAAAGACAACAAGAAAACGGGCAAAAAGAAGGGCAUUUUUGGCGUUUCUCUAGACUAUCUGGUCGAGAAGGAAGGAACCGAGUCGAGCCAUGGAGUUGGCCCUGGAGCCUUGCGCAUUCCAACGCUUGUAGAUGAUGCUGUCUCCGCAAUGCGUCAAAUGGACAUGUCGGUUGAGGGUGUUUUCCGAAAGAACGGUAACAUCCGACGCCUCAAGGAUCUAGCUGAGCUGAUCGACAAAAAGUAUGAUCAGGUUGAUAUGGCCAAAGAGAACCCGGUACAGAUUGCAGCUCUCUUGAAGAAGUUCCUUCGUGAGAUGCCGGAUCCCUUGAUGACAUUCAAGCUGCACCGACUUUUCGUUGCCGCUCAAAAACUACCCGAUCCUGAGAAGCAGAAGCGAGUGUUGCACCUCACGUGUUGUCUCCUCCCGAAGGCUCAUCGUGAUACCUUGGAAGUUCUCUUCUCAUUCCUCAACUGGACAUCGUCAUUCUCACAUGUAGACGAAGAGUCCGGAAGCAAGAUGGACAUCCAUAACCUCGCAACGGUUAUUACUCCCAACAUUCUUUAUCCUAACGCCAAGAACAGUACCGUGGAUGAGAGUUUCAUGGCUAUCGAAGCAGUGAACGCUUUAAUCACGUAUAAUGACAAUAUGUGCGAGAUCCCCGAGGAUUUACAAUCAAUUCUCAGUGACCCAACUCUUUUCAAAGAAAAUGCCGAAGUGACGACCAAAGAGAUUCUCAAACGAUACGGUGACAUUGCCCGCGGAAGCUUCUCAAAUAGACCAGAGAAUGGGGGCGAAACAUUCACCAUUACCAAUUCGAACAAGCACAGCGCCCCGGCCUCAGCUCGGAUCGAAACCGACCCUUCCCAAGAUACAGCUUGGCAGAUGCAAAGCUCGGUCCGCCACGUGCCUGGGCCAAGCGGCCACUCUCACUCCUCGAGUGCCGCGCCCCAGGCCGGUCUAGACUUCGGACCCCCAGAGCCGAGCUACCAUCGUGAGCGUAGUGCCAGCAAUGGUAGUCAACAAACGGCUGAAGGUCAGUCACAGAACGUUCCCUAUCGACCUCGACCUAGCCCAGGUGCUAUGGGUGUUACAGGUUAG